CAAACUAGUAAAAUUUUUAAAUGUUCUUGAAGACAGCUUCUCCUGUCAGAAAAGAUGGCUAGAGAAUCCGGAGACGAUUCUCUGUAUCCAAUUGCUGUUCUCAUCGACGAACUCCGAAAUGAAGAUGUUCAGCUCAGAUUGAACUCGAUAAAGAAGCUCUCGACGAUCGCACUCGCACUCGGAGUUGAGAGAACUCGUUCCGAACUCAUUCCUUUCCUCACCGAUACAAUCUACGACGAGGAUGAGGUUUUGUUGGCUCUUGCUGAGCAGCUCGGCACCUUUACCCCUCUGGUAGGAGGGAAGGAACAUGUUCACUGUCUCCUCCCUCCCCUCGAGUCCCUCGCUACGGUCGAGGAGACCAUAGUCAGGGACAAGGCGGUCGACAGCCUCAGAACUAUUGCCGAGGAACAUUCUCCACAGGAUCUAGAGGAUCAUUUCGUGCCCCUUGUUAAGCGUCUCAGUGGUGGAGAUUGGUUUACAAGUAGGACCUCGGCUUGUGGACUCUAUGCUUGUUGCUAUGCAAGGGUUUCUUCCGGAGUGAAGGCAGAGUUGAGAACUAUGUUUAGGAAUCUCUGCCAGCAGGAUGAUACACCUAUGGUCCGGCGUGCUGCCAGCGGAAAACUAGGAGAGUUUGCCAAGGUUGUAGAAGUGGAUUAUCUUAAAUCUGAUCUUGUUCCCCUCUUCGUUAAUCUUGCUCAGGAUGAACAGGACUCUGUCCGCCUGCUUGCUGUAGAAGCUUGUAUAUCUAUUGCUGGUAUACUCCAACAUGAGGACAAGGAACAGCUUGUCCUCCCAACCCUCCGCCAGUGUGUAGAGGACAAAUCUUGGAGGGUCAGGUUUAUGGUUGCGGAUAAGUUUACUGAACUACAGGCUGCUGUAGGAAAAGAAAUUACUAAAACCGACCUGGUUCCAGCCUUCCAGUCCUUACUCAAGGAUUGCGAGGCGGAGGUACGCGCUGCCGCCGCGCACAAGAUGAAGGAGUUCUGCCUCGCGCUUGACAAAUCUAUCCAGGAGGAGGUCAUCAUGACGCAUCUUCUCCCCUGCGUCAAGGAGCUUGUCACUGACGCAAACCAACACGUUAAGUCCGCCAUGGCGUCUGUUAUCAUGGGACUAUCUCCUAUUCUAGGAAAGACGAACACUAUUGAGCACCUUCUCCCCCUGUUCCUCUCCCAGUUGAAGGAUGAGUGCCCGGAGGUCAGGUUAAACAUCAUCUCUAACCUAGACUGCGUCAACGAGGUCAUUGGGAUCCAGCAGCUCAGUCAGUCCUUGCUUCCAGCAAUAGUAGAACUUGCUGAAGAUACUAAAUGGAGGGUCAGGUUGGCUAUUAUUGAGUACAUGCCUCUGUUGGCUGGUCAGCUUGGAGUAGAGUUCUUCAAUGAGAAGCUCAACUCUCUCUGUAUGUCCUGGUUGAUAGAUCAGGUUUACGCCAUUCGCGAGGCAGCUGCAAACAAUUUGAAGAAGCUGGUUGAGAAAUUUGGAACUGAAUGGGCUCAGCAGACGGUCAUUCCCAAGGUGAUCGCGAUGUCCAAGGAUCAGAAUUACUUGCACAGGAUGACUUGUCUCUUCUGCAUAGAUGUACUUGGAGAGGUUUGCGGAGCUGAUAUAACUGAACGUCUUCUUCUCCCAACUGUUCUAGCAAUGGCUGGAGAUAGUGUUGCUAACGUCAGGUUUAAUGUUGCGAAGACCCUGCAUCAUAUUAUUGCUGUUCUACCCAGCUCUACUACGCAAGGACAGGUUAAACCUUGUCUGGAGAAACUCAACAACGAUUCUGAUUUUGACGUGAGAUACUUCGCAUCCGAGGCCGCACUGGCGUACUAGAGGAUGGACGGGCGCAGAAGAGCGUUAAAGAAUGGUUCUAUAUGAAUACCCAGUGUAUGAUGAACAGGAUGAUUGUUGAUUUUAAGAUUAGUUU